CCGUAAAGGUUUGAAUAGGCGCGCACUCCAAAUUGAGGUGCCACUGGUUCGAAUCCCGGAGACUCAGAUUCCUGCGUCACCUCACAGCUCUACACGAGGUGAGUACCGUUAGGAGUAACUGCGGCUGAAACAAAUCAGAGGAGCGGAUAAACCACACCAUGCUGCCCGACAAAGAUGGUCCGGGUAUCGGAGGAGGAGGCCGGAGGUCCCCCGGGGGAGAGGACCCUUCUGUGGGUCUGUUCAGAGACUACCUCCGCCUCAAAACGGUGCACCCACAGCCCGACUAUGAUGCUGCUCUUCGUUUCCUGGACAGAAUAGCGGAUGAGCUUGAGCUACCCAUGAAAAAGAUUGAGAUUUUUCCAGGCAGAGUCGUGAGCAUCAUGACAUGGGAAGGGACAAACCCCAGCUUGAAAUCCAUCUUGCUGAAUUCCCACACGGAUGUUGUGCCUGUAUACCAGGAACAUUGGAAAUACGAUGCUUUCAGUGCUUUCAGAGAUGCAGAGGGCAACAUUUAUGCCCGGGGAUCACAGGACAUGAAAUGUGUAACUAUACAAUACAUCCAGGCAGUCAGAAGACUGAAGGCAGAGGGACGCAAACUGAUGCGAACUGUCCACUUAAUGUUUGUUCCUGAUGAAGAAGUUGGCGGUCACAAGGGAAUGGAAACAUUCGUGAAGCAUCCUGAGUUCAAGACAUUGAACAUUGGCUUUGCCCUCGAUGAAGGUCUGGCUAAUCCUGGCGAGGCGUUCACUGUGUUCUAUGGUGAAAGAAACCCCUGGUGGAUCACAGUCCACUGCCCAGGUAGUCCAGGCCAUGGGUCCAGGUUUGUGGAGAACACAGCUGCUGAGAAGCUGCGACAAGUGAUUAACUCCUUCCUGGACUUCAGAGAGAAAGAGAAACAAAGGCUGAACACCAGUGAAUGUUUCACACUUGGUGACGUCACCACGGUUAAUAUGACCAUGGUCAAAGGAGGCGUGGCCUACAAUGUCAUCCCAGCUGAAAUGGACGUCAGCUUUGACCUAAGAAUACCCCCCACCGUAAAUCUACAGGAGUUUGAAGGACAAAUCAAACAGUGGUGCAAGGAAGCAGGAGAAGAUGUCACUUACACAUUUGCUCAGAAACAUAUGAACCAGAAUCUCACUUCCACAAAGGAGAAUGAUCCUUGGUGGAGCACGUUCAGUGCAGCCUGCAAGGCCAUGAACAUGACUCUGGAAAAAGAGAUAUUUCCAGCUGCCACAGAUAGCAGAUUCAUCCGAGCGGUGGGUAUCCCUGCUAUUGGCUUUUCCCCCAUGAACCGGACGCCAAUCCUGCUGCACGAUCACAACGAGUAUCUGAACGAGCAGGUCUUCCUGAAAGGAAUCAGCAUUUACGAGAGGCUCAUCCCAACUCUCGCCAGCGUACCUGCAUUUCCUGACGAGGCUUAGAGGAGACCUUGUCUGUUAAUCUUCUCUCAAACACAAAUCACUAAUGAUCUGAAUAUUUAACUUGAAGAAUCUGCAGAGAUUACCAAAGAAUAAUAUCCUUAAACCACACUGAGCACUUAGCCUUUGGUACUGUUGUUUUAAUUAUUGAUUUUAGUUUUUAUUGUUUCUCAGGACUAUCAACAUUAUUUGACAGGGUUGUAGAUUGAGUGUACCUGUGUGAAUGCAGUCUUAAAGAUAUAUCACAGGUUGAUUGAACCAUAUUUUCCAUUAGAAAGCAUCAGCUGACUAAAUGUGAAGAUAACUUUGAUGGAUAAACUUUUGGAUUUAAGGUUGGUUAACUGCCACAUUUUAAAUUUAGCUUGGUUUUAAAAUUAUGACAACAGAGAUGGAAUUUUAUUUAAUAAACUAGAAUUUAAUAAAUAUAUUUGUUCGUCA